AUUAAAUGCUAAUAUCAGAAGAGAUUCAGGUACUAGGUAUAGGUUUCAAAAUAUAUAGAAUUUCAGGGAACAUAUAAAAGUAAUACAAAUGGCCCAAAGGGUGAACAUCAGUAACUUACAAAAUAACAUAAGUAAUAUGAAGCAGGGGCGGACUGACCAUUUGGAAACUCGGGCACUGCCCGAGGGCCCAGGGUCAGUAGGGGGCCCCAUGAGAUGCCCCUGGUACCUUUUUCAUAGGCUUUUUUGAGUUUGGGCAAGGAUACAGGGGCCCCAGGAUCCCCUAUUGCCCGGGGGCCCCAU